AUGCACCUGCCUUCCACGCCUCACCCUCCCAAAGCAAUCCGCACCUACUCUGGCUCGCGUCACACCUCCCGUCCAGGCUCUGGCUUCAAUACCCCCCGCUCUUUUGCCAUGAAUGGCCAAGCCAACGUCUCUGCCCUGUCAGCUGGUCUGGCAGGCAGGAGUGAGCAAUUGCCCUCAACUGACGACUUCUCUUUUUCAGCCAUUUUGCGAGCCGUCGAUCCAGAGAUUAGGGAUGCCAUUGAUGCCAUUGCCGAGAUAUGUGCACGCAGUAGAUUGAGCAUGGCUGACGAGUAUGAUGCACACCUCCCUCCGCAAGGCGAGAUCACAAGUACAGGACCAGGUUGGGCGGCCAGCACAGGUGCUCUUGUGGGGCGAGGUCGCCUGAACAGAGUCAGUCAGGGCUGGACUGCGGCAGACAACACGCUCAUGGCUGUACCCGAAGCCAGUAGCUCGAGCGAGAGGUUGGCGCAAGAGAGCAAAACUCACAGCGGUAAGAAGAGGAGCCAGUCUGCGUAUGGCAGUCUCAAGAGCGUCAUCAGCGGUAGCAGUGGAAAGAGAAAGGCGCUUGACGGCGACACUUUCCGAGACGUUCAGGCCGGUGGUUCCUCGCGGGCAGGAGCACAUGCCAAGCAAGGCCCUGCGUGGGCAGUCAACGCCUCUGCCUCGUCAUCCUCACAACCAGCCAUCACGCUCGUCACAUCACCCACACCAUCCAAGCAGCUCAGUCUCGACACAACAUCAGCGCCCAGUGCCGCCGACGAAAGCAGGCCUCGCACAGCAGUACCACCGAGAAACUCGACGCAUCGACGAGGUCCGUCUGCCAUGAGUCUACCAGCCUCAGGGAGGCGCUCCAGAACUCUCUCCACUAUAUCCUCAUGGCUCCCGUGGCCUCGGCCCUCGGAUCUAAGCGAGAACGGCCAUCACGACUUGACAAAAGCGGAAACGCGGCUGCGGGAGAUGCUUCUAUCCAACCAGGGCCUGGGAAAAGGUAAAUCGGUAGUGAGUGUGGUGUGA